CAUUUGGGGUGUAACUUCUGAUGAAAAUUGUCGUUGGAUACGUUGAACUCGGGCUCUUUAAAGUGAGGAGUGAUGAUGGUCUUGGAGUUAAAGGGCAGAAACAGAGUUGGAAAUCGAGCAUGUGAAGUCCUGCAAGAUUCUAUCAGUAGUGCCUUUCGGGUUCAUAAGGGACUGACUCGUCCUUAAAAUCUUUCCCUUCUCCUGAUUUUUUCUCUUCAUUUGACAAAGAGCAGUCGCUAGACCUACUAGUCACGCACGGAGGAGAGAGAAAGAGAGAGUCCAAAAGCAUAAUGGGGCAUUGAACUCCAUUUUCUUAUUAAGUAGUUUAAGGAAUCAGAUGGACGUAAUCAGGGGUGGCCAUGGAAAUUCUUAUGGGUCGUCUGUUUGAACACUGUUUCUCCAAAUGAUGGAAACCACUUCUGCAGGCAUAAGCAAGAAGUGCCAUAAAAUAUCCACUCGGAAAUGACUUUAUGAGGCAAAGCAUCCUGAUGCGGUCUAGUCAAAUUUUUCGGGCGGCCUCACAUCUACAAUGGCUCAAAUAAUGCAUCUCUCGUGGAAGAAGACGAUCUGGACUACGGAAACCCAUGAAAGACUGGAGCUUUCCUAGCCAUCUGUUGUAGUUUCUUCAGCUAACUCGUUUUCUAGACCACUAGUUUCUGGGAUGAUCUCGAGAGGGGUGGCAGUUUUGCUGAUGGGUCUGAUGGUACUUUACAAGGCCGCACAGCUUUCUCCUCCGCAGGACGCUGUUCUCCCUGCAGAUACUGCAACUACCUGUACAAGAAUCAGACUCCGUGACGGAAGGUAUCUAGCUUACAGAGAGAGAGGCGUCGCCAGAGAAAGAUCAAGCUACAAGGUCAUUGUCGUGCACGGCUUUGGGAGCUCCAAGGAGAUGAAUUUCCAGGCACCCCAAGAACUGAUAGAGAAGUUGGGUAUAUACUUUCUGCUAUUUGAUCGAGCUGGGUAUGGAGACAGUGAUCCCAACUUGAAGCGCUCCACAAAGAGCGAAGCUUACGAUAUUCAGGAACUUGCAGAUCAAUUAAAGCUGGGGCCCAAGUUUUACGUGAUCGGGGUUUCAAUGGGAUCCUACCCUGCCUGGAGUUGCCUAAAGUACAUACCCCAGAGACUAGAAGGCGUGGCUCUAGUCGUUCCAGUCGUAAACUAUUCCUGGAAAUCUCUUCCUGAGAAUUUGACUAGACUGGACUUCAGGAGAAAGCUCAUCCAGUGGACUCUCUGGCUUGCAAAUUAUACCCCUGAAUUGCUCUACUGGUGGGUGACUCAAGAAUGGCUCCCUUCAACUACUUUCGUGGAGAAGAACCCGAUUUUUUUUAACAAUCGAGACAUUGACGUCCUCAAGAAGGACCCUGGAUUCCCAAUGCUCACCAAGGAUAAACUACGGAGACGGCAGGUGUUUGACACACUCCUAAAUGACUUCAUGGUCAGUUUUGGCAAAUGGGAAUUUGAUCCCCUGGAUCUAAGCAAUCCGUUCCCACAGAAUGAUAGCUUUGUUCAUAUCUGGCAAGGAUACGAAGACAAAGUAGUGCCCUUUCAACUUCAACGGUAUGUCUCGGGAAAGCUACCCUGGAUUAGGUAUCACGAAAUCACUGACGGCGGACAUCUGAUUGUGCAUUACAAGGGAGUGUGUGAGGCAAUUCUCUGGGCUCUUCUAAAUGGAGAACACCUUCCGGAGAAAAUGACGACAGCCAUUACUUUACACUGAUUGCGACUCUCGCAGCUUCUGCAGCUCUUGUCAUCAAUAAUAUAUGUGCAAGUGUACUGAUCUCACCCUGAUGCAUUUACCACUGAAAAUUUGGGGGCCCUUGAAUGAAUUCUUCUCCUCUCCAUCUGUCAGGCUCAGGUGGGAAGCGACCCCUCAAUAGGCCACCCGGCUACCAUCCCUUACCUUACAUUUCAGGAAAUCCAGAGCAGUUCUCACUGAAUUAUUUACUAUUGUCGCCCUUUCAGAUUUGAUGUUUGAACAAAAUUGCAGUACUCCAGCAAGGCAAUGGCAUCAAAAUAACCAGCAGAUUGAUGAUAUUUCAUCAGCUGAUCAACUCCCAGCAUUUUCCACCAAGAAAUAGAUGAGCACAAAAAUUUGGCAUUGAUAUUAGGAAAACUAUAUUUAGAGCUCAUGCAUCACAUGAU